CACCGUUUCGGGACUAACUCCGGUAUGGACUUUACAUGUGAAUAACCACCUCCGAUUGGACUACAGUAACGUCGACGAAGUCAAGCUGAUGUUAUAUUGGUUUGAUCCUUUUCUACCUAUAUGUCCUUCAUGCAUGGUGUCACCCGAAUUGAGGCAAGAGAUAAGAAAGACGAUGGUAUUGUUCUUUGGGAGUAGAGGAUCGUUGGUAUCGUCACAAACGCAGGCUAUCCGUCGGACAUACUGCAAAAUGCCAAUACCAAGCGUAGCCCACAUUGAUGCCGAGUGGCCAAGAAAAGAGGCCAGUCCGACCAGCAAAGAGUAUCGACCCUGGAACGUCAAGCCUGGGAUAGGAUGGCGACAACUUAAUUGGUGGUACUGGCAAGUUCGUAAACAAUUGUUUCGCGAGCGUGGGUCAACAAGUACAGACAAAUUCCUGAGGACAUUUCCUCGCGAAGAUCGUGAAUCUUUCGGGCUUUUUGGACCAAAGGUUCCCAAGGAACCUAGAUUUUACGGAUCGAUUCUACACGAAAUAGAUUACUCAGAAUUCCCAUGCUAUCGGGACAGGAUUCAGACACUUCGACUUUACAUGGACAAUGCCAAACCUAGAGGGCUUAAAGGUCUGCUCAAAGACAAGCGAGAUACUGUCGGUUACUAUACUUUUUGGGGCACCCUAGGAGUUGGUGUCACUGCUAUAUUCCUGUCAGUCGCAAGUUUUGCGGUCUCAGUAUAUCAGGCAUGGGCGGCUUCGAAAUCGAUCCCACAAUCCAACGCAUAAAAUCGUUUCAAUUCAGGAGCUGUUAUCAUGCUUCGAGAAGGAUACGACUGAAUGCCAAGAUUACGAGCAUGAAAAGGUUGGGCGAAAGGUUUCUUUGGGGCGUACUAAAAAUGGUCAAAAUUGAUUGCAAUCACUCCGUUUCGCUCUUUGUCAGCUCCAACAUGUGUCUCCUCGG